AGUAUUAUUAUCUUACCAAGAAAAAGAGACAUGGAUGUUUGUCUUUGGCCUCAAGAGUCUAAAAGCUUCUUGAAAAUCAAGAAACAAUAAAGCCCCUUGGGGAUGAAGUUUUGAGCACCUUUUCCUCUUUCCUUUGCCCAAUGCCCACCCCCAAGUGGAAUCCCACUACACUACACUCUCUUCCUUCUGUUUCCCAUUUGAUCAUGAUGACUCCUCUCCUCUUCUUUUUCUCAUUACUUGAAAGUAAAGUAUGAUAGUCAUUACUUCAAAGUAAGGUAUGAUGUGAAGAUAUAAGUUAAUUCAUUUCCAAUUAUAAGCUGAUAGUUAACAAAGUUCCAAUAGUCAUGGCAACUCUACACAAACUGAUAGUUGAAGUUGUCGACGCUCGCAAUCUGUCGCCGAAAGACGGCCGCGGCGCGUCUAGCCCCUACGUGGUGGUGGACUACCGCGGGCAGCGAAGGCGCACCCAAACCAAGCUCAGCGACUUGAAUCCUGUGUGGAACGAGUUGCUCGACUUCGAUCUCAGUAGGCCUUCUGACGUGUUUGGGGAUGUGCUUGAGCUGGAUGUAUACCAUGACAAGAAUUACGGCCCCACCACCAGAAAUAACUUUCUCGGCAGGAUCCGGUUGAGUUCCUCCCAGUUUGUGAAGAAAGGUGAGGAGGCCUUGAUUUAUUUCCCUUUGCAGAAGAAGAGCUGGUUCACGUGGAUUCGCGGCGACAUUGGGUUGAAGAUUUAUUAUGUGGAUGAGGUCGUGCCGCCUCCGUCUCCGCCGCCACCGCCGCCCAAAGCGGAGGAACCAAAGCCUGAAACAGCACAACCUCCGCAGUCAGAGGCGGUACCGCCACCAGAAUCCACCUCGCCCCAACCUACAGACCAGCCACCAGCUGAAGCGGCGCCACCAAAAGAAGCCGAACAAACACAGCCACCUGAACCCGAGAAGCCUGCCGAAGAGCCGCCGACUGAGGCUGCUCCGCCACCAAAGACCGAGGCUCCUGAAGUAGCAGAAUCGGGUCCCUCACCGCCACCUCCGCCACCACCAGCCACUGACGAUGCAAAUCAGGAUCAGGCAAACCCACCACCCCCACCAGUAGCACCUGAAGCUGCUCCCAUGCCCAUGCAACGUGAUCAUGAAAUUGAGGUAAUGGCACAUUCCAUAUCCAAAUCAAUGGCAGAUGUCAAAUUCCACCGAACCAACGGUCCACCACCAAUGCCGAGACCUCCGGUUGUGCCCGGUGGAGCACUCAAUUAUACGUCGCAGCUGGAGCCGACGGAAAGCAUGUCAAUGGACCGGCCUUCGUUUGAUCUGGUGGAGAAGAUGCACUACCUCUUCGUCCGAGUUGUGAAAGCGCGCUUCCUCCCAGCAAAUGGCAGCCCAAUUGUAAAAAUCUCCACCGCCAACUACCACAUCACAUCCAAGCCCGCCAGAAAAACCCACUGCUUCGAGUGGGACCAGACCUUUGCCUUCGCCCGCCAAUCCCCCGACCAGUCCGAUGCCUCCAUCCUCGAAGUCUCCGUCUGGGACCCACCCGUAUUCGACCCCACAACGGCCUACGAGGUGGCCUCCGGCCAUCAGUUCCUCGGCAGGAUCUGUUUCGACGUGAUGGAAAUACCCCUGAGUGACCCGCCGGACAGGCCCUUGGCCCCGCAGUGGUACAGGCUGGAGGGCGGUGGGGCCCGCAUCAACGGCGAUCUUAUGCUUGCCACGUGGAUGGGCACCCAGGCAGACGAUUCAUUCCCCGACGCGUGGAAGACCGACACGGCGAAAAAUCCAAACGCACGAGCCAAAGUGUACCAGUCUCCGAAGCUCUGGUAUCUCCGAGCCACCGUCCUCGAAGCGCAAGACGUUCUGCCCGUAACGGCGUCGUUGAAUUUGAAGGAAGCCACGUUCCAGGUCAAAGCCCAGCUCGGAUUCCAAUUCUUCAAGACCGAGUCUACCGUCACCCGAAACGGCGUGCCGUCUUGGAACCAAGACUUAAUAUUCGUAGCCGCCGAGCCGUUCAGCGACCACUUAAUUUUCACCGUGGAGAACCGGCUACCGAAGGGACCGGUCACCUUGGGCGUGCUGCGAAUUCCACUCAGCGCCGUCGAACGACGCGUGGACGAUCGCAAAGUGGCGUCGCGAUGGUUCAGCUUGGAAAAUCCAGACGGCGACGAGAAGAGGAUGUACAGAGGCAGAGUGCACUUGCGCCUUUGCUUCGACGGAGGGUAUCACGUGAUGGACGAGGCGGCGCACGUGUGCAGCGACUACCGCCCAACGGCGAGGCAGCUCUGGAAGCCACCGCUUGGCACGGUGGAGCUCGGAGUCAUCGGAUGCAAGAACUUGAUACCUGUGAAGACGGUCAACGGUAAAGGAUGCACGGACGCCUACUGUGUGGCCAAGUAUGGACCAAAAUGGGUACGCACGCGUACCGUAUGUGAUAGUUUGGAGCCCAAGUGGAACGAGCAGUACACGUUUAAGGUCUACGAUCCGUGUACGGUGCUGAGCAUUGGCGUUUUUGACAAUUCCGGAUCGGGUUUCGAAAUCGAGGGCUCGAAAGACGCCACGCGUCCUGACUUCCGUAUCGGGAAGCUACGGGUGCGUAUAUCUACGUUGACUACGGGUAAAGUGUAUAAGAAUACGUAUCCGCUGCUGGUUUUAUCACCCACUGGCUUGAAAAAAAUGGGUGAGGUGGAGAUCGCGGUACGCUUCGUUCGCGUGAGCCCGACCUUGGAUUUGGUCCAUGUGUACUCGCAGCCAUCGCUGCCGUUGAUGCAUCACAUAAAGCCGCUGGGGCCGGUCCAACAAGAUGUGUUGAGGAGAGCGGCGGUGAAGAUCGUGGCCUCCCACUUGUCGCGAUCUGAACCGCCGCUGGGGCGGGAUGUCGUGCUUUACAUGCUGGACGCGGAUUCACAAGGCUUUAGUAUGAGGAAAGUGCGCGCCAAUUAUUUCCGCAUCAUCAAUGUCGUUGCCGGGGUGAUGGAUGUCGUUGGGUGGAUAAACGACACGCGUUCGUGGAAGAAUCCAAUGGCCACGAUUCUCGUACACGCUUUGCUGGCGCUGCUUGUGUGGUUCCCGGAUCUGAUAGUCCCCACUCUAGCGUUUUAUGUGUUCGUUAUUGGUGCUUGGAACUAUAGGUUCCGCUCCCGGGCCCCACUUCAGCACUUUGACCCGAAGCUAUCAUUGGCGGAGAGCGUUGACCGUGAUGAGCUGGACGAGGAGUUUGAUUCGGUGCCGAGCACCAGAUCAUUCGAGGUGGUGCGGGCGAGGUACGAUAAGCUGCGGAUGCUCGGUGCACGUGUGCAGACGGUGUUGGGAGAUUUCGCGACGCAAGGGGAGCGGGUGCAGGCUUUGGUGACGUGGCGGGACCCACGUGCGACGGGGAUUUUUGUGGGGUUGUGCUUUGUUGUGGCAGUGAUACUGUACAUGGUGCCAUCGAAGAUGGUGGCUAUGGCGUUUGGGUUCUAUUAUCUGCGCCAUCCGAUCUUUCGUGAUCGGAUGCCGCCGCCGGCUUUGAACUUCAUCAGAAGGCUGCCUUCGCUGUCUGAUCGACUUUUGUAGGCGCAGAUGGAUGUUGGGCUAGCUAAGGUUGAUAAGGUUUUAAAUUUAUGAAGUUUUUUUUUUUUUUUUUUUUUUUUUUCUAGGUUUUGUUUGUAA